UUCACGAAGAUGGCUACUUGGCAGGUAAUCUGCGACGAAGUCGCCGGUUUGCGAGAGCAAAUGGCCAGGAACCGACAUUUUACAGCUGCAGUUGGUUGCCUGACAUUGCUCACUGUUGUCUUUUACAAUCACAUGUCCAUUCUGGCAAUACCCUGGUUCUUUCUGGGUGGUAUGGCAUCCUUCUACAUCCUCUUCAGCCACGUGUCCGUCCUCCCUAACCUUCUUAUCAUGUUCGAAAGACAACAACCCCACCCAACCAGUCAGCAUCCAUCAGCCCUCAUCUGCACCGUGUGUGGUGAUGCGGAUUGUGUCAGGCACAAGCCUGAUCUGACUCUGACUAAAGUGCAGCCGUGGAAUGACAUCUACAUACCAGAACGAGUGGAUAUUGCCCUUUCUGAGCUCUUUGAACUGAUUCUGAAAGAUUAUAUCUACAGCUGGUACACGCCCCUGAUCAGCAAGGAGGAGGAGUUUGUGAACGAGCUGCGAGUUACCCUGCGUCACAUCGUCGCCGUGGUGUUGCGUCGUGUCAGGGAGGUUGACCUACCGACGUUCAUACUCGACAAGCUCGUCAAGGCUGCCCUGAGUCAUCUUGAUGUUUUACUCAGAGCCAAGCGAAAAGCCAAAUGGGGGGAGGAGUUUCAAGACCUUGUGAUCAAGACCUACGGUAAUCAUCUCCAUUGCGCUGUCAGGAACCGCAAAGCUGAGCUGGAGUACUUGAGACACCUGUGUGAGCUGCUCUUCCCGGUGCUGAUCCCUGCUAAUUCCCAUGAUAACAAGAGUACCCAAACAUUUGUGAGAGAAGUGGUAAGCGGUUCGGUCUUCUUACUCGGGAUGGAUGUGGUGGCCGACCCAGACAUCGUGAACAAGCUCCUCAUGAUAUUCUUUGAUGAAGAACCAUUUCCACCAGCUAUCGACCCUCCGUCCGAGAAAGUGAUUCUCCUGGAGUCAUUCUGUAAUGUCCAUCCAGUUGAGAAAUCCAGCGCACUCCAGUAUGAGAUGUCUGAGAUACUGGGCAACCACUCCCUACUUUUCCCGUUUCUACAGUACAUGAAACGGGAUGGCGCCCUCAACAUCUUACAGUUCUGCCUCACAGUGGAGGACUUCAACAGACGCAGCCUGGUGCCAGACAUGACCGACGAACAGAAGCAGUCCCUGCACAGGGAAGCGCAGGACUUGUACCAGCUGUACUUUGCCCCAGGCGCUGUGGAUAGGAUCAAGUUUGACGUGGACAUCGAGGACGAGAUGAAAGAGAUUGUUAACGGACCAUACGAGGGGGUAACAAGGCUCAGAACUUCUUCAACUUUGUUCAGAGCCUACGAGCAUGCCUACAAGUUGAUGGAGAAUGUCUUCUGUCCACUCUUUCAUCACAGCGACGAGUAUUUCACCCUGAUGUGUGGCAAACGUCAACAGGUUCUUCCCAAGAAGCCAGUAAGGGUUGUCGUGAAGCGGUCUAGUGAUCCCAUCGCAGCUAUGCAUAGACUUGGGAGUAAAAUCAAAGGAGUGUUCCGCAGCUCAAAUGCCGAUAGUGAUACCGCAAGCAUGUCAUCGUUGGAUAUUGCCGAGUCUGAAUCCAGCCAGCCAACAUCAGAUGCAGAACUUGCAUCUGAUGAAGAGGAGGCCGGGAUGAAGUCACCAAUCCAUGACAUGAGUGCAUGGAGGGUCAGCAUACCCAGGGUGGAGGCCAGACUAGAGGGCACCAAGGAUUACUUUGUGUACAUCAUCGCCGUGCAGCGGAUCGAUGUCAAGGAAGGAGGCGGGGAAGAGACAUCCUGGGAGGUGGAAAGACGAUACCAUGAGUUUCAUGUCUUGGAGACCAAACUGAGAGAAUUCCAUGGUAUAUUUGACGAUGCUCAGCUGCCCCAGAAAAGGCCCCUCCCCUUUGCCUCAAGAUCCCUGGACUUCAUGGAGAAGAGAAAAGACAGCUGUGAAAAAUUCCUCCAGACGCUCUUAACGAAACCCAACCUGCGAGGCAGUCAACUCCUCUACAGCUUCCUGACAAAGAGUGAGGAGUUUGUCAAUAAGUUCUUGGGAGACGUCAACAUAGGGAAAUUGGUGAGGACAAUGUCUUACAGAGUUAUCAAGGAGCGAGGCCAACAUUUAGAUCCUUUCCUGCAGUCAUUCAUUGCAUCUGUCGAGGCUCCCAAACCCAAAGCAGGAAAACUUGAAGAACCAGUUGACCCAGCAAAACACCUUGCAGAAAAGUUGGACAGUCCCGUAUUUGGUGAUAAUGCCGGCCUGCCAUUGGUACGAGAAACACUCAAAGAACCCAACCCAGAUCCUUCGGCUAACUACUUACAACUCAAUGGCAUCUUUGACUAUAUUCUCUAUCUUGCCACUGCUGUAUUUGAUGUUGCUCCUUGGAUGCACCAGGGCCUAAUUGUCUUCCAGAAACUCUUCAAGAACUCACUGGAGACAUUCCUUGACAGCUACCUGGCCAAGAAACUGGAGAUAGUGCAGUCAGAGGAGCAAGUGGAAGACAUCAUUCACAAUCUGAGAGAUGUUCUUUUCUUUGAUGACGAGCCGCCACGAACCGACGCCCAGAAGCAGCAGCGGAAGGAAGAAGCCUUCCAGCGGAUGCUCAACUUCUUCCCAAAGCAACUCCACCAGGUGAUUGGGGAGGAUAAAUUCAGUGCUGGUCUUCGGUUUGUCUUUGACGGCUUACAGUAUCCCAAACUCAACAAGCAGCUUGCCUACACAUUGCUUGACAUUGUCAUAUUGGAGGCUUUUCCUGAACUUUCAGAGAGUGUGAAGGAAAUACCAGGAGAGACAUAGCCUCCUUGAUGUCUGCAGAGUAACUGAGCAGUAGUGCAGGCAUAAAAUGCUUGGAUAGAGUCGGCAUGAUUACCUAUAGGCUUCUGAAAAUCGGUGCCAUAUGAGAUUUUGUCCCCCCGUGUAAUCCAGUUCCUCCUGCAGUGGACUCCCAGCCUCGAUGUCUCCAUUAGUCAUUGUUCAGUGAGUUAGAGUCAUGUACAUUUGCCAGUGGCCACCAGUCAGUCCAUAUUACAAUGUUGGAACUAGUAUUUAUUAGGAUUUCUGUUUAUAUUUAGAAAGCAAUGCAGUUUUUCUUCUGCCAUGCUGGAUCAGAAUAGAAAUGUGUGGGCAUUUUGGACCAUCGCAAAACCUGCCUCUCUGGAUCAAAGUUCACAGAUUUGAUGAAACCAUUUUGUAUUUUGAAAGUUUAAAUUUACAGAAAUUGGGAGCAACUCUAGAAAUCUCUUGAAAUUUGAUAUUUUAAAUUGAUUUACCUUGUUCUCUGUUUUUGAAAGUUUUUUCAACAAUAAUGGAGUAAUGAAAAAUUGUUUAAACAUGAGUAUUGCGGAUAAUUAUGAAACUCGAUAAAAUGGUAUUGACAAGAGCUUCAUUUAUUGGAACUUCGGACAGCUAUGUUGUGAAAAGAUAGAUGCAGAGGGCUUUGAUGAUAGUUUUCCAUGUUUUGUGAUCACUGUCCUGUGAAUUCAAUGAAAUGCAUGCAGGCCAUUUCAAUCGAAAGUGAAAAGAAAACAUAACACAGAAAAUCGAGACACAUGACUCAUUGGGCCAACUGUAUACCUUUGUAGAAUUUAUUGUAGAAUGUAAUCAAGAUGUGCAGUGUAUAUGAUAAAAUAUCAAGUUGAUUUUUGUGUAUAAAUUAUUGCUUACAAAUUGCGGCAGCCAGUCGAGUUGACUUUUUUGUAUAUGAUUUGAAACUGGCCCUUGUACAUGUGUAUAUUUUACAGAG